GGGGCCGCGGCCAAGCCUGCGCCCCCGGACAGGUCCGAGGUGGCCGUGGCCCCGGGCCCGCUGCCGGAGCCCGACGUGAGUCCCCCGCCACCCCGGCCGUCGCCGCCCGACGUAUUCGCGGGCUUCGCGCCCCACCCCGCAGCCCUGGGCCCCGCGACACUGCUGGCGGAGCAGAUGAGCGUGAUUGGCAGCCGCAAGAAGAGCGUGAACAUGACCGAGUGCGUGCCCGUGCCCAGCUCCGAGCAUGUUGCCGAGAUCGUGGGGCGCCAGGGGUGCAAGAUCAAGGCUCUGCGAGCCAAGACAAACACUUACAUCAAGACGCCAGUGCGAGGGGAGGAGCCUGUCUUCAUCGUGACCGGCCGUAAGGAGGACGUGGAGAUGGCCAAACGUGAGAUCCUGUCGGCUGCCGAGCACUUCUCUGUGAUCCGCGCCACGCGCAGCAAGGCCGGCGGGCUGCCUGGCGCAGCACAGGGCCCACCCAACCUGCCAGGACAGACCACCAUCCAGGUGCGCGUACCCUACCGCGUGGUGGGGCUGGUGGUGGGGCCCAAGGGCGCCACCAUCAAGCGCAUCCAGCAGCGGACACACACAUACAUCGUGACGCCAGGGCGUGACAAGGAGCCAGUAUUCGCCGUGACGGGUAUGCCUGAGAACGUGGACCGGGCACGCGAGGAGAUCGAGGCACAUAUCACGCUGCGCACAGGCGCCUUCACUGACACAGGCCCUGACAGCGACUUCCACGCCAAUGGCACCGACGUCUGCUUGGACCUGCUCGGGGCAGCUGCGGGCCUCUGGGCCAAGACCCCCAACCCAGGGCGGCGGCCCCCCGUACCCACAGCCAGCCUCCGUGGGGACAGUGCCCUGGGUGCCCCGGGGGGGCCUGAGGCCUUCUACCCAGGAAGCUGUGGGGGACCAGCGGUACCAGACACAGGCCCCACCAGCCCCUACGGUGGUUCAGGUAAUGGGGGUUUCACUUUCGGCGGCGAUGGCCCCGGGGCCCCCACAGGGCCACCCGCUCCUGAGGACUGUGACUUUGGCUUCGACUUCCUGGCACUGGACUUGACCGUGCCUGCCGCAGCCACCAUCUGGGCCCCCUUUGAGCGCACUGCGCCCCUGCCGGCCUUCAGCAGCUGCUCAGCGGUCAACGGGGCUCCCGUGCCGCCCACCCCAGGUGUCCGGCGCAGCAGCGGGGCUGGCACCCCGCGACACUCGCCCACGCUGCCCGAGCCCAGCGGCCUGGGCCUGGAGCUUCCGCUGGCCCGCCGCACCACGCCCGACCCAGUAGGUGUCCUGUCCUGGAGGCCCCCUCAGGGUUCCCUUUCAUCUUUCUCAAGUAGUAACAGCUUCUCCACGGCCACCUCGCUGCCCAGCAGCUCCUCAGCCUCCUCAUGCCCCUCCCUGGACUCCAGCACCUCCGAUAACAGCCGCAAGCCCUCAGCCACAGCGUCCUCUGGGUCCGUGGCUCCCACCUCCGCCCCGGCCCUGGCACGGGAGUGCGUGGUGUGCGCCGAGGGUGAGGUGAUGGCCGCGCUGGUACCCUGUGGCCACAACCUGUUCUGCAUGGACUGCGCCGUGCGCAUCUGCGGCAAGAGCGAGCCUGAGUGCCCCGCCUGCCGCACGCCCGCCACCCAGGCCAUUCAUAUCUUUUCCUAGCGGGUCACCUCAUCGCGCCCGCGGCUACCAGGGCUGUCUGCGGGCGCAAGGUGUGGACGCACUCACUCUCUGGGCCGGGGUGGGGGAAUAGAGGGGGGAGGGGCAGGGGCGGAGGGGAGGGCAGCGUGGCCAGUGUUUACAGACAAGCUUUAACUCCGGUCCCAGGCACGGAGACGGCGGCCCAGUGGCACCUCAGUUCUUAACAAAUAACAGUAUUGAGUCGACAGGUUAAAAUAAACCAGAGAGAAAAGGUCUGUUGCACUUUUUAUUUGAGACACACACACCCCGCCACCCCCACCCUCACCCCCGUGAUCUUUUUAAGAAAAAACACGAUUUUUACAAUCGGUUGUCCUUUUCUAUGGCAUGGAUUUCUGAUCUGACAGUGUUGUUUUUAGGCGGUCUCAGCCUCUACAGAAAGUUCCACCAGGAGGAUGGUGACAUUUUUACUCUCCAUUUUUGAAGUACACCCUUUUGUACUUCAGCCCCGCCCAAGCAGAGGGGGACGGGGUGGGGGUGGGGGUGAGGGGCAUCCCAACCAGAAGUUUCUUUUUUUUUAAUUAUUAGUCCCCUUCUGCUGUGGUUUAUGUUGUCAGUUUUUAAAUUUUUUUAAAUUGUUUUUUUUUUUAACUUUUACUUUUUACCUCUUGUGUAUAUGUAGCGAAUUUAUAGGGAAAUAUGUACUUUAUGGAAUAAAUUUUAAGAACUAAAAUAUAUUUUAUUUUAAAGUAACGGACCUUUAAUCUUACACAGCUAAAUUACUGAUUAUAUAUUUGCUGAGCUGACUUAAGGGUUCAGAAAAUUGUAUCAAGAGUUUUAUUUUUUGACUCCAAAGCCUUCUUAAUAAAGUCUUUUUACUACA